AUGAACCACUCAGCUGAGCUGUCGCCUUCAGAGGAAAUGGCACCUAAGGAGUUUGACGAUGGGACAGUGGUGGUGGCGGCUUGCGUGAUCCUGGGCCUGUCCUUCCUGGUAGGAGCUCCUGGAAACCUGCUGGUGAUAUGGACGAUCCUUAGACAUGUCAAGAAGCGUUCCCACACUGUGGUGCUCAUCUUAAACCUGGCUGCUGCAGACCUGCUGGUCCUCAUCACCCUGCCUAUGUGGAUCUACUCUCUGGUGCACACCUGGGUGUUUGGAGGGGCUGUCUGUAUGGCUUUGAUGUACAUCAUCCGUGUGUGCAUGUUCGGCAGUAUCUUCUUCAUUACCCUCAUGAGUGUGGAACGCUAUUUAGCCAUCUGUCAUCCCUUUGUGAUGAUGGGCUUGAAAACCAAGAGCGUGAUGAAAAGUUGUCUUGUAGUACUUUUGUGGCUCCUUGCUUUGCUUCUAGGAUUGCCUGCUGUACUGACUGAAUCUUUGGAUGAAAGCUAUGGCAAUCAGCAGUGUUUUAUCAAGGAAUUUAACUCUAACACUCAAGAAAUCAUCUUGUCAUGUCUGGAUAUUAUGGGGGGCUUUAUAGUUCCUUUCAUUAUUGUUAGUAUGUGCUACUGCCUGGUAGCAGCCAAGCUCAGGAAAAAGACUUUCAACUCCAAACAGAAAUCUAUAGCUCUUGUGGGGGCUGUGGUGAUAGCCUUCUCACUGUGCUGGUUGCCUCAUCAUAUCAUUAACAUAAUUAAUGUGGUUUGUAUCAUAGAAUUGGAACACGAAUGUGUGCCACAGAGUGUUGUCUACAGCUCCGGUGCCCUUGUUUUCAUCAGCAGUUCAGUGAAUCCUGUAUUAUACACCUUCUUUGCAAGAAACUUACGUGGGAAUCUGGCAAAGUCGCGGCUGGUUUGUCUCUUCCAGGAAAAGGUGGCUCACACCAACAAACUCAGGGAUCUGGUAGUGCAGCCGCAUACUGGCCAGAGGGCAGCAAAUACAACGGAAGAGCUGAUCUCUGACUCUGAAAAAAAACUGAAUCCCUGA